ACGGAAGCACACAGCUCUGCCAUGUUUGUGCUACCUCCGCUUGUUAGUUAGCAACUUAGCACAGCGGGGGACCGAGCAGCCGCGCUUGCUGUUUUCGUUGUUGCGUAGAAAGCGCCAGUCAUUCAAAUCCCACGUUUCGCCUCAUCGAAAUGUGGACUUUCUGAGCAAAUAACAAAUGUUACCACCAGCUGUGUAAGUCACACCCCGUAAACGGACAGCUCUCGCGCACCAUGUCGGCCAAUGACGAGGAUUAUACCUUUGACCAGUAUGACAAGCCCGGAACGGAGCGUUCACGCAGGAGGAGGGGUGAAGACGACGAUUUAGAGAGUGACUUGGAGGAGGAUUUGUUAGAAGAAUUUUCACCGUCGGGUAAGAAGAAUCUUUCUGAAGAUGAGGAUGAAGAGCUGAAUGAUGCUCUUCUACAGAGUGAUGAGGAGGAAGACAUGAGUGGUCAGGAAGUAAGCCUCAACGCCACGUACAGCUUCGACCAGGAAGGGAACAUGCAGGAUUACUCGGAAGAUGCUGUCAACCUGGGCACCGAUGACUACGAGGACGUGGGCAUGGAGCCGGGUUACCCGCAGGACGAAGGGGACGAGGAGUAUGGGGAGGACUACACCCGGGAUGAUGUGCACGAAGAGGGUUACACCACAGAAGAAGUGCUCGACAUACAAAUCAAUGAGUCCAUCGAUGGAGAAUGUCAGGACAAUGAAUACCAAACAUAUGAGGACGAAGGAGGAGUCGAGCAGGAAGUGGCCCCCGAGGAAGAGAAUUUGGGGGAUGAACAGCAGCAAGGAGCGGAAGACUCCCAGGUCUUUGAAACAGAAGAGAUUGAAAAUAAAGCCAUGCCUGAAGAAGAACCAAAGGAGGACUCGGAUGACGACGACGACGAAGAUGGAGACUCUGGUCGUAUUCGCUUCAAGUCAGAGAGAAAGGACGGCGGUAUCGUGCGCUUGGCUGAUGCAGGCAAUAAGCGGAGGAAUAUCCCCGAAACACUUGAACUGUCAGAGAAGGCCAAAAGAGAUCUCAUAGAGUAUGAGGAACAAGAACAGCAGAAACGUCAAAAUCGGUACGGAGGCCGAGGAGGAAGAGGCGUAGGCUACGCUGGAUUUGGAAUGCACAACAUGAGAGGAGGAAACAGAGGAAGGAUGAACAACCACAACUUCCACCAAAGGGGCAACAUGGGAAUGCGGUCCUCUCGAAUGCCUCUCCUCCGUCUUCAUCAUCAGCAGCAGCAUCGCCACCCUUUGUCCCGGCUGCGGGGACCCCACCCUUUCCAAGAGCACAGGCGACCGCACGUACAGCAGCCCCCGCAGCCCCUCAUCCCGCCGCACAUGACCCACCGCACACCGCCGCUGCAGCCCCAGAUGGAGCCGCCUCCGCGACUGAUGGGCUCCCCGCCGCCAGGUUUCAUCCAUCACCACAACCAACAUCAGCAGCAGCAACAACAACAGCAGCAGCAGCAACCCCCGCAACCUAAAAACAUCCACAUUAACCCCCAUUUCAAAGGCUCAGCGCCAUCCUCUGUGCCAGUGCCCUUGAUGCCUCCUGCUCCGAGCCAGCCUAGGCCUGCUGUGGGUCCUCAAAGGUUUCCUGGACCGGGAGAGUUCCAUCAGCACAUGCCAAAUAAUUUUGGUCAGCCCCAGCGGCCACCUCAUCACAUGGAGCCCUUCAGGAACCAGCCACAUCAAGGCCCCCAGGACAGAGAGCCCCUCUUUAUGGGAGGCCCAGAACGCAAAGAUCUGACAAGCUUUCCAGGUCAGCUCAUGUUUGAUCAUCAGGGCCCCAACCCGCUCAUGAACGCCAACCUGCAUCAGCAGCAAAUGCCCGCUCAGGUCCACCUGGGUUUUGGCCUACCAGGACCGGCCUUCGGCCAGCCGGGCCCACAGGGACCACUCGGACUGUUCUCCAGAGAGCCGCCGAGACCCAGCCUCCCCACUCCCCAAGGCCACCAGGGUAUGGUUGGCCUGAAUCAACAAGGUCCCCCUCCCAACCAGUCCAGACCCUUCAUGAACCCUCGUCAGCCCUUCAGUCAGCAGGGGAUCCUUUUCCCCCCGCCGCAAGCCCAAUUUGGCAUUCAGGGCUUAAUACAUGGGCCCCCUCAGCCUGCGCACCAGGACCCACUCCCUACCCAUCAACCCAUCCACCAACAGCACCAUAGGCAGGAGCUCCUCCAUCAUCAGCCACAGCAACAGCUAAACCUCAACGAGCCUCCUCACUUGUUGCACCACGGACAGAAUCUCUUCCAGCAACAGCCGUCGCACGGCAGUCCGAGACAGUCGAGUCCCCGGCUCCAAAACCUACAACAACGCAACAUGGCCAACAGGCAAAGGAUGAACACACCUGCUCCCAAGCAAAUCCACCCUCAGCGCAACUGCAACCUACGGGAGCUCCCUGUAGCACCUGGCAACGCAAACAUGAGCACAUUCCACCCCGGUGGCUCCCUCUGCGCCAACGUCAGGCCUGUUGUCAAGGCAAUGCAGGGGGUGCGUCCCAUGCAGCAUGCUCAUGCGGUGCCCGGAGGCGGCAGAGGGAGAGGUCAGGUUGCCGCAAACGCUGCGCAGCAGUCCAUGGCCACGGGCAGGACGGUGGUUUGCAAGGAAAUCCCAAGCAAUGUCGUACCACAGGACCUGGACGAGGACGAAGAGACCCGGCAAUACCGUCUGAAGAUCGAGGAGCAGAAGCGGCUCAGAGAGGAGAUUCUGAAGAGAAAGGAGCUGAGGCGACAGAUGCAGGCCGGCGUCAGGAAGAAGGAGCUCCUAGACAGGAUCAACACCCAAACUGCAACCCAAAGCCUAGCGCCUUCACAACAACCGACAGCCCAGCAAAACCAGCUGGCUCCAACCGUCCAGCAGCACCUACUGGUACCGGCGCCGCAGCAGUCACAGGAACAACGACAGCCUCCGCAGUUGCAACAGCAGAGACAAAGACCCCAGCAGUCAUUCAGUCAGUCGCUCGGUAAUCCCAAUGGCGCGACUCAGGUCCAAACGCCUCGUCCCCAUGUCAAGACGCGCUUGCAGAUGGGAAAAGGAAAUAGCCAACAGCAACAGACUCUCACGCCUGGUCCAGAACAGCAGUGGACGCAGACCCCACAAAGCCCUCUGCAGCAGCAGAGAAGGACAAGCGGGCCGCCGAAUGUAAACAAACCCGGCGCUCCGAACCAGUUUGCUCAGAUCCCCCUAAAAAACAUCCCAGUGACUCCCGCCCUGGGGCCUGGCCAGCCCCAGGCUCAAGGUCUUAAAUCUGGGGGUAAAAGAACGGUGAUGCAGCGGGCCAAGCUCGCUGACGGUGAAGGCCAACAGGUGCCGCAAAAAGUCAGAGUGGUCAAACUUUCCGGCGGGCCUGGACAGAGCCUGGAGGCCACAGGUAUCCCAAUACAGCAGCAGCAGCACCACCACCACCAAGGCACCUGGCCGGACAACCCUCUCAGGCAGGGCGUCCAAAGGAAGAUCACCAUGGGGGGACAACAGCUGUACGGUGCGGGCGGAAUGCAACAGGUGGGCCGAGGGAGCAUUGGCAACCCGCAGCAGAGCAGGGUCGUCGUGCCGGGCCGAGGAAGAGGGGUCGCUCACGUAGGUCGAGGAGGUCCGGUGGGCGCCUGGCAAGGCCAGAGGGUCGGCGAGAAUCAACGGCGCACCGUCACCAUCGAGGGCCUCUCGUCAUCCACCACUGAUGUGCAGCUGCAGAGCCUUUUGAGAUCCAUCGGCCCAAUAGAGAUGUUCAGAAUGAUACCUCAGCAAAGGAAAGCAAUUGCCACCUUUUCAAGUCCCCAACAUGCCGCAAGUUUUCAAAUGAGCUUUCAUAGGCACAUGAUUGAUUUGUCCCACAUUGAUGUGAAGCUGAUUGACGGAUGAGGGAAGCGCCCUCAAACGCGAGGAGCUCCACUGGUCUACACACCCCCGCCCCUCCACACACACACCUCCUCGACAUGGUGGCCCUCCCCCGGCGCACUCACAACCUCCAAACCUCGCCGUGCGAUGCGUUGCCUCUGCCAUUUUGGGGUCAGUCAGCCAUCAUGUCUGCAUGCAGGUGUCGUCCUCGGAACUUGGAACAAUACGACACUAUGCAGCAUGCUUGAUGACCAUUGUCCAUAGUAGGGGAAUGACACCGGAGACACAAGUCUAGUUUGUUUUUGUACAGUACACAUGAACACUAAGACACAGGAUAAUGGUUGCUCCCUUGCAUGGGAACGUUACUUCAUAACAUGCAAUUUAUAUUCAUAAAAAAAAGCUCACUUAUUCGUCCAGGCAGAGGUUGUAGUAGGCCGUGCUUCUCUGUAGAUGGCAGCAUCGAAUCACUUAUUUGAAGCGGAUAGGUCGAAUACCAGUGUUCAGUGGCAAAUAGGCCUUUAAAUUGAGGCUGCUCCAUUCAUAACUGUCUCUCUCUGACCAACAUCGCGCUCUUCAGUUUGGUUCCCUUUAUUAACUAUGACCAAGGGCUUCUUUUAACUGACUUUCCACCACAGAUUUCAUACCUUUUGUGAUGUAUAUUUUAGUUACUGAGAAAGGAACCGUCAUGAAUUGAUAUUUUUUAAAAUUGGCUGGUGUUCAUUGUUGGUUUUCGGUCUGCGUUUCUUUUUUUUAUUUUAAUAGUUUUUAGGAGUAAUGUAAAAUGAUGGGAUGUUGAGUAUUUGUCUUUGUAUGCUUUCGCUUCCUCCUCUCAUAAGUUUAAACAUAAAUGCAAGAAUUCCCCCAUUUCAUUUACAUAACAUAGCACUCUGUAUACUUGAGUACCCUCAGGUUCUGGGUAUUUUGCGAGUCAGAAUAAAUAAGUUUAUAAUGAACCUCAUCAGGAAGCUUGAGGGAUCUUCCGGAAAAAUCAUCUUGAUGCACUUUUUAACGUUUUGCUCCCGCCAUAUCAUUUAACACUCUAAAUAGCAAAUGUCUGGCAAAAUUACAAACGGCAAAUACAAACUGCAGUUUUAAACCUGUAAGUGUAAGCUUUAUAAUUUACUCUGACUUUAUGUACCAUUCAACCUCAGUUUUAUUCCAUAGUCUUUAUACAAAUGUCACAUGGAAUUUGAGGGGGGCAACCAUUAUCCGUGUAGAAAUAUGAUGUACAUACCAGGACAUUGUCCCACACAAGCGCUUUGUUUGGCGUUGCUAACUCAACUCGUGUGCUGUGUCAAGUGGAAGGCAUUUUUAUGUAAAAUGUCCAGGCGUAACUAUAUUUUACUAUUACUUUGUGUCUCAAUGACAAAUAAUGACCGCAUCUCUGUUCGUGAUGGGGGCGGGGGGAAGGAUUUCUUGAGGGGAAAAUAAAAAAGAUGGCCAAUAUAACCGUGAACGAGCGGGUAUGUGAAGCCGGUUGAACUUUA